CUGUGCUGCAUGACAUUACUCCCUAGUAACCUGCUUCUUUCGGACAUGGUUAUCGCAUACUUUCGACUUGCUGCAGGAGGGGGGAGGGGGAGGGGGAUUGGUCCCCGUUUGACGCGAUAUGGGAGCCCUGCUGGUAUUCCACGCACACAUUGAUUGAAUGCACGAACUGAUCACGUCGCAAUGAAGUCAUCGGUGCUGCCGUGACGGGAGAUGAUUAAAUGGCUUUCGUGUAUUCUUCAAGAAAAGAGUCGCCAUGGAGUAUGACGAUAAUGUCGCGAUCUGGAGACUUGGAGAACCAGAGCCUGUAGGCGUGGAAGGGGAAAUGAAGCGAUAUGGUCACUAUGGCGCAGCCAAGAAAAACCAGUGGAGCAGAGAAGAAUUGCUGAUGUAAAGCAGGGAGAUGGUGGAGUUAGGGGAAGAACUGCCUUCCCCGAAAUCAAGUAUUUAUCGAGGCGGUAGUGGAGGAAUAAAAUCUUCUGUUGAUCUGUUUUGUUUUUUUGAGAGAGAGAGAGAGAGAGAGAGAGAGAGCGAGAGAGCGAGAGGAGCCGUGUCUCUUUACACUCGUAGACAACAUAGACGCUACAAGCUUCUACCUACAUUUGAUGCUGCGCUUCUUUUCAGUCAUUUCUGAGCGAUUAGUCGUUCGAGAUCAUAGCUCAGCACACCACAAUAAUCUCCGGUCAUCAUGAAGGUAUUUGGAGGAGGUUUUUGUCGUUGUAGUUGGAAUGUGUGAUUGGAAGGGGUUUGGUUGAUCAAUCAUGGAGAGGAGAAUUCCCGACUCGUAAAGUCUGAAUGUGGCAAGUCGGAGAUUGGUGGAGUGGCAACAGAUGCCGACAUUAUCAUUGUCCCUUGCAUCUUGAGCCGUUCUUUGUGCGGGGGCGUCACGGGCGAUGGAUAUAAAAUGCCUUGAGGAAUGACGCGGGCUCGGAAAAUUGGAAGAGUGUUUACGACUGCUGCUGCACCAUUUGUGCGACAAUCAUGACGGUGCCACUGUCGCCCUCGCAGUAUGAUUCCCCGGCCCUCGAUGAUGGCUGUUCGUCAGUGCGAGUCGCAGUACGCGCGCGCCCUUUGAUCGAGAAGGAGAUCGUGGAGAAGUGCAAGGAAUGUGUUUCCUAUUCACAAGAUGGUAAACAAGUAGUCUUGGGAAAAGAUCGUCGGUUCACUUUCGAUCAUGUCUUCGGCCCUAUUGUAAGUCAGGAAGAUGUCUACAUCGACUGCGUCAAGCCCCUUGUUGAAAGUUGCUGCGCUGGGUACAAUGCAACGGUUUUGGCAUAUGGACAGACAGGGUCUGGGAAAACUUUCACCAUGGGUUGUGGCAAUAAUGCAUCGUUGUUGGAGGAGGAGCUCGGGAUUUUACCUCGAGCCAUUCGCCAGCUCUUCGAAUGUGUUGAGGAGCGCAGUAAUCAGGCUGAGUUCCUUAUCAAGUGUGCGUUUGUUGAGAUUUACAAUGAGGAGAUUAAGGACUUGCUGCACCCAGACACGCCCUCUAGAUCUAUUUCUAUUCGCGAAGAUGCGAAUGGCGAUAUAGUACUUGCAGGUGUUAAAGAAGAAGUUGUCACCAGCUUUGAAAGUAUGAUCAGGUUUCUUGAACAUGGGUCGGUUUUUCGUACAACAGGAAGUACGUUGAUGAACCAGCAUUCGAGCCGAUCACAUGCUAUUUUCACCAUUAUUGUCGAGCAGCGGAGCAUUGUAGAAUGUACUAAUACCAAUGAUGUCAUCACCGCCAAGUUUCACUUGGUUGACUUGGCAGGCUCAGAAAGGGCGAAGCGUACGGGUGCCGUUGGCAUGCGUUUCAAAGAGUCUGUUACUAUCAACUGUGGUCUGCUUGCUUUAGGCAAUGUCAUAAGUGCAUUGGGGGAUGAGCGAAAAAGGUGUCAACAUGUACCAUACAGGGAAUCGAAACUUACACGAAUGCUACAGGAUUCCCUGGGCGGAAACAGCCGCACAUGUAUGAUUGCAUGUAUCAGUACGGCAGACACGAACUUUGAGGAGACACUGAAUACAUUGAAGUACGCUAACCGGGCUCGCAAUAUCCGCAACAACCCUGUUAUUAACCGCGAUCCGCAGUCUGUCAUGCUAAAUCAAUUGCGGCAAGAAAUCCGAGCUUUACAAGUGGAGUUGUUGAAUUUGCGAAUGCAUAACAUGGGGCUUGAAACUGUCAGUGGUCCACAAAGCUUGGAGAUUCUUCUUGAAGAUGAAUCACAUCGAGAGUUUCUAGCUGAUAUCCGAGCACGGGCAGAUAUAUCUGUGGGUAUGACUGCAGAGCUCAAUGCUGUGCGUAGAAAGAGUAGAGAAAGCGAGCAAGAGUGUCUUAAAUUGAAGGAUGAGAUACAGGCAUUAGAGUUGCUAGUGAAUAAACUACAGGAGGAGAUGUUGGAAAUGCGUAUUGAACGCGAUCAUUGCCAGUUAAAAUUGGAUGAGGUCAAUUCUGAAAUGAUGGCAUUAAAACAAGUGGUACCACGUUGGGAAAGUUGCAAUGACAUCGGUUUUGCGGUCAAAAGUCACCUUUCAGAAAUGAUGAAGAGAGUUGUUGGAGGGAUUGAUGAUGAAGGUUCAGGUUUGGCAUCGAGUGAAAGUUCAUUCUCUAGCCUAGACAGGCCAGCUAGUGCUGAUACGGCAAUGAGAAAAUUUGAGAAGGAUCUCAACCCUAUGACUGACUGGGUAACCCCUCGAGACAGUGGAUUGAUUGACCGACCCAAGACACAACCAGAAGAUAGUCAAGCUGUUGGUUCCAUGCGGAAUUUAUUUUCCCCUUCCAAAGCAGAUGUAAAGCGUGUGAAUUGUAACUCUCCGAAUCAAGCUAAUAGAGGUACUCGCAACAUCAUCAACCAGCAUUUGCGAACGAUUCGGGUCCUGGAAGAGCGACUAGCAGUCAAAGAAAGUGAUGUGAAAUCUAAAGACGAAGCAUUGAAGGAAGCCACUGAAGAUCUCGCAAGAGAUGAACGGAUCUUUGCUGAGAAGAUGAAGGAGAUAAAGAUACUGAAAAAGCUUGCCCAAGAUCUGUCAAAUGAGAAGAAGACUUUGAUGCAAAAGACAGAAAAGGAUGCUUCUAUCAUCUCGCGCUUGUCCGAGGAGGCCAUGGCGAAGGAGGAUGAAUUGGGUCGUCUUCGAACAUCGAUUGAAACUUUGCAGACUGGGCGGCCAGACGCUUUCGUCAUGAAUGGUGCUGGUGUUCCUGGACUUCCAGUUGCCGUUAUGAACCCAAAAGGAAAAAAUGAUGAUUGUUAUAGUGACAACAUGGAGAACUCUGAUGAGGCUAAGGGCGACGUAUUAGAUGGUUCUAUUGAUAUGGGCGAUACUUUUGAUCAAGCUUGUCUCAGCGAUUUAAGUGAAAAACUGAAGGUUGGAGAUACGAAAGAAGGGUUUCUCUCUGAAAAAAUAGCUUUUGAAGAGCAGAAACAUCUUGAAGAGGAUGAGCGUGUUCAAACUCGAGAAUUUAAGCGUAACAAACAGGUAAUGGACAAGCAGCUGCAUGAGUUAGCCUUCAGCAUUCAGCAGAAGGAGGAGCUUAUUGAAGAAUUGGCUAAAAAUGAAUCUGAAACAAAGCACUUGACAGUGCAAUAUGAGAGCCGCAUGCUUGAACUUGAAGCCGAGGUUCACCGUCAUCACCUUCUCCUGAUGAAAAGAAAAGAGGAAGAGGUGGAUUCCUUGAAGAAGGAAUUGGAGGCCAUAGAUAAAAAUGUUGUUCGUGGGAUAGAGGAGAAGAAGAAACUGCGAGAACAGUAUGAGGAGAAGGUGAAGAAAAUCACCGCUCAACUGGUAUCUCUUAAAAAACAACGUUGGGAGCAAGAGUCACAACGCCUUGAGCGGCAAAAGGCAAAAUCUGAUGUAAAGGUGCAGCAAUUGCAACACGAGAUUACUCGUAUGCGGGUCCAGCAAGAUUUCUUGAAGGAGAAGAUAAAGGAAACAACUGAGAAGUAUGAGGAUGGCCAUGAGAUGCACCAGAAAAACAUGGUUAUUUUGAAGCGAGAAUCAGAAAAUCAAGUUAAACGUGCUCGUGAAUUGGAGAUUGAAAACCAGCGACAAAGUCAGGUUACCAGCACAAAGAAUGAGGAAAGGUCUGCAGCCAACAAGAAACUGGAGUUAGAAAUUUUAGUAAUGGAUUCACCAAUAGUUGGGAGUCAAGAGCGUACUGAUCAGAAAAGUAAUUCCAAGAGGGGAAGAACUGCUCUUCCUGGUCUUGCUGAGUCACCUCAUGUGAUAAAUGUAGACCGCAUGGAAUCUCUUCUAGACCAAGAGAUCGACAAGCUUUUGAAGAUGAAGGAAGCGAAAAACUCCACAAACAAAUUGGAGGCAAAGAAGGAAGAGAUACUGUCAGAGAAGGAUGAUUGUGUGAAUGAAAGAUCAAAGCUGGAGUUAAAGCACGCGCGUGCUGUGCAUGACAUAACCAAAAAAUUAGAGCAAAAAAGAGUUCGCAUUGAGAUGCUUGAGAAAAAUGCCCAAGAAAAGCUGGGCAAAGCGGAGGAAGCGAAGUCUGCAGGGAAGCUUGCUCUCGCAAAUGAACUUACUGAGGAGGUUACUUUGCUGCAUGAGGACUGUGCUCGUGAAAAGGAAACAUGUAUAAAAUUGGAGGAUUUUCAGAGUUCUCAGAAACUAUUGAAAGAGGCGGAAGAGCUUAGGGACCUGGAUGAGCGGAUUGAGGGUCUGGAUGCUCAAGCGGAGUAUGUGACCUCAUCCAUUGCUGAGCACGAGCGUGAUAUCUUGGAGGGAAAUAUCACCAAGGAGGAAAUGACUGCCCAGCUUGAUACAAUAUCACCGCAUGAUGCCAAGGUCAUGCUGGGAAAAUACUUGGAAAAAUUUGUUGGAGCAAUAGAGAAGCAACGGCAGGAAGCUAAAGACAUGGCCAAUCUUGAGGUUCAGCUGAAGGAGAAGAAACAAGCACUCAACGAAAUCGAGCGAAACUCUAGGCUGAAACAGCUUGAAUUUGACCGCAGAUUGACGGAGUUGCAAACACACCACGCUAGGAACGUGCAAUACUUGUUGAAACAGGUUGAAACUGUGUCGUCCGAUCCUUUACUCAAAAGGCCAGUUAAUUUGAUUACAACUACCCUUGCGGACAUCCACUUGCAAGAUUCUGAAUUUGCAGAUGAUAAAGAUGAGUCAACUGAUAAGGUGGUGCCUGGUGUAGCACAAAACGUUGUGGAAUUAGGCAAGGUCAACGUUCAUGAUAAGUCCAUAAAGAGCAAGUUGCAAGCAGAGCGUCAGAUCUGGGAAUCUGAGCGUGCAUCCUGGGAAGCUCGUGAACAUUCAUUCUUGUCCAAGCACGAACAACUCGAGAGAGACCAUCAGGCACUUAAAGAGGAACUAGAGAAUACAAAAUCGUUAAUGCACAAGGCUGGAUUGGGCAUACGGUUACCUGUCAGCAACGUGAGAGAGCUAAUGGAGAUUGAUGUUGACCACCGGUGCUCGCAACUCCAGCUUCCAUCACGCAGGGAACCAUGACUUAAUCUGUCUACAUCUCUGAUGCCUCGUCCACGUUUUCCUGCCACCACAGGAAUUAUGUGCAACGAGUCUUGGUGCUGGCGAGCAGAUGCUUAGUGAAUAUCCGACAUGUUUUGGUUGUGUUUAAGAGGAUAGUCAACAGGCCUUCUCGACCAUACCUUAGCUUUUGCCUCCUUUAUAAGCAACUUUGGAUUCUUCAUUAUUACUUAAAUUCUUCAUUGAUACUUCUCCCUCUCAUAUUUUUUCUGAAGCUCCCACGAGUGCGCUAGGUCCCAGUGCGGGUAUUCUUUCGCUGCCUUAAUUCUAUCUGAACUUUUAUUAUAGGUGACAGCAUUAACUCCGUUCCACAUGUUAGGAUCAUGAGAAUGCACAGAGGUAAAUAUAUAAAGUUUCUUGCAGGCUCAUUCUAAAUAGGUGAAGAAGUAGACCCUUUUGUCACAGAUUCCGUAUAGUAUUAUACUUGGCUUAUUGAUCCAAUUACUUACAAGUUUCUAUAGUCUCUGCGUUUGGUAGAGUAUGUUAUCAUGUUCGUUAUGAGGGACCAUCAUCGUACUUAUGUUCAAUGGCAGCAUAAAAGCACUGCCUCGACAAGCUUCUCUUCUGAGUACAUUUUUAACCCUUAAAAGUGCUGGAAGACUCAAACCAGCUAUUUCCUGAA